CAGCCAUAGUUCCAUUACAAGUUUUUUUUUUCUCCUAACUUCAUUUGCAAUUCAUACUAGCUGGGGUGCGUCCUGGCUACAGUCAGAUGCAACAAGCUCCAGUUUAGUGYGUCUUUUGGAUGCAGAUGGAAGAAUUAGGUUGUUUAUAGAUAAAACCAUGGCAGAGUUCUCAACAGUGGCUUUAUUUCAGCUAUAGUAUUACUGAACCAAAUCCUGUUUUAGAAGGACAAGAUGAAUAAGAAAAGGUUCUUUCUUGAGCCUCCAGAGGUCAAAGACUAUCUGGUCAAAGGAGAUAGAUUCACCAAGUGGUCGGAGGACUCAACGAAAACUGUUCCGGUCACAAUGAAGAUGGAUCCAAAAGGGUUUUAUGUCUACUGGGUCAACCAAAGCAAGGAGACAACCUUCCUGGAUGUUGCUACCAUCCGAGAUACAAGAGUUGGAAAAUAUGCAAAACUUCCCAAACAUCCAAAAGUUCGCAAUGUUUUCAACCUGGAUUUCCCGGAUAGCAACCAUCUUGCCAAAACGUUGACCAUUGUCUCAGGUCCAGACAUGGUUAAUCUGACCUACUAUAACUUCUUUGCCUCAAAAGAGAAAGUGACGCAGAACUGGGCAGACGACAUUCUUGCAAUUGCAUACAACGCUGCAAGAAACAAUUCGUGCAGACAAGUUUUCCUGGAGAAAAUAUACGUCCGCAUUUCUCUUCAGACCAACAAGGAUGGCAAAAUUCCAGUAAAGAACAUUUACAAGAUGUUUCCUUCUGACAAGAAGAGAGUGGAAAGUGCCUUGGCAGCAGCACACCUCCCUAAAGGAAAGUACGAGAGCAUCAAGCCUGAUGUGUUCACUGAGACGGCCUUCAGGACCUUCCUGACAAACCUCUGUCCUCGACCAGAGAUCUACGAGAUCUUUACUACUUACUCCACCAAACCCACCAUGACCAAGGAUAACUUCACCAAGUUCCUCAACGAAAAGCAGAGGGACUCCCGACUCAACGAGGAGCUGUUUCCACGUCUUCGACAAGACCAGAUCAAGGCCCUGAUCGACAAGUAUGAACCCACAUCUAACAACGCCAACAGAGGUCUGAUCUCUCCAGAAGGUCUUUUGUUCUUCCUGAUGGGUCCUGAGACGUCUGUAGUCAUGCAGGACAAGCUGGCCAAAUGUCAGGACAUGACCCAGCCUGUACCGCACUACUUCAUCAAGUCCUCUCACAACACAUACCUAACAGCUGGUCAGUUCUCGGGGGUGUCCUCUCCUGAGAUGUAUCGUCAGUGUCUGCUGUCCGGCUGUCGGUGUCUGGAGCUGGACUGCUGGAAGGGCAAACCUCCAGAUGAAGAACCCAUCAUCACCCACGGUUUCACCAUGACCACCGAGAUCCUUUACAAGGAUGUGAUAGAGGCCAUCGCAGAAAGUGCAUUCAAGACCUCAAAGUACCCUGUCAUUCUCUCCUUUGAGAACCACGUUGACUCGGUGAAACAGCAGGAAAAGAUGGCCGAGUACUGCAAAACCAUCUUUGGUGAUGCUCUGCUAACAGAACCUUUGGAGAAAUACCCUCUGAAGCCGGGCCAGCAGAUCCCCAGCCCCUCUGAGCUCAUGGGCAAGAUCCUCAUAAAAAACAAAAAGGGUCAUGAAAAGCAAGUCCAGACCAAGAAACCCAGCCCUGCAGUGACCGAUCAGACUGCAGCAGCUGAAACCCCCCAGGACCCAAACUCCUCUCCCCAGGACGACACCAACCCAGCUGCUGGCACACAGGAAAACCCAGCUGAAGGAGAAGCCGCUGUGGAGGACACAGAGGAGCAAGAAGAUACAGAAGAACAGGAUGAGGAGAAAAUGAAGACAUCAGACGAGGGCACAGCUGGACAGGAAGUAACAGCGUACGAGGCCAUGUCAUCCAUAGUGAACUACAUCCAGCCCAACAAAUUCAUCUCGUUUGAAAACUCCAAAAGGAAAAACAAAAGUUAUGCCAUCUCAUCUUUUGUGGAGACCAAAGGGGAGGCCAUGAUCGCAAAGACUGCUGUUGAAUUUGUUGAAUACAAUAAGAGACAAAUGAGCAGGAUUUAUCCAAAAGGAACAAGAAUGGACUCCUCCAACUACAGCCCUCAGCCUUUCUGGAACGUCGGCUGCCAAAUGGUGGCUCUCAACUAUCAGACGAUGGACUUCCCCAUGCAGCUGAACAUGGCUCUGUUCGAGUUCAACGGCAGAACGGGUUACCUCCUCAAACACGACGUCCUGCGUCGCAGCGACAAGAGGUUCGACCCGUUCUGCGACAGGAUUGACACGGUUGUGGCGAGCACGCUGACUAUAAAGAUCUACUCAGGACAGUUUCUUUCUGACAAGUGUGUGAAAACCGGGGUUGAGGUGGAGGUGAUCGGACUGCCAGGAGACCCCAAGAAGAAAUACCGUACCAAGUGGACCACGACGCCCAACGCCAUUAAUCCCGUGUGGAACGAGGAGCCUUUUGUUUUUGAGAAGAUCCUGCUCCCAGAAAUGGCCGCUCUGAGAAUUGUAGUUCAUGAGGAGAACGGGAAAUUUGUGGGGCACAGAAUWAUCCCCGUGGACGCCAUCCAGUCAGGCUUUCAUCACAUCUGCCUGCGCAGUGAGAGUAACAUGCCUCUCACUCUGCCUGCUCUCUUUGUCUACAUCGAGGUCAAGGACUACAUCCCCGCUGCCUUCGCAGAUUUCACAGAUGCCUUAUUUAAUCCUACAAAGGGUUCAGACAAGCCCUCAAAGACCCCUAAAGAGUCUUCCUCCGACUACGUUUCUCCCUAUGAAUUACCUCUUGUGGUCCAAACUCCGUCAGAAACAGUCAAAGACGGUGAAGCUGCCACUGAAGAAAAUGCUGCUUCUGAACCUCCACCAAGCAAAGACAAUGCUGACGAUUCAUCCCAGCCCCCUCCUGAAACGAGCGCAGAAGAAGCUAAAGAAGAGGUUCCUCCACCGCCUGAACAACCUCUUAAUACUCCUGAUGCUGAACCAGCUGCAGAAAACGCCACAUCUGGGGAACCCAAUGCAGAGAAAGAAGAAGCAGCCCCAGAGGUGGCUCCUGAAACCAAAGACGAAGAAGAUCCUGGUGCAGAACCAGAGCCUGCCGUGGAGAAUCAGGAAUCUUCAGAAGCUGCUGAAGCACCUGUUUCUGAAGACCCCACCCCUGAAAAAGCAGCUGUUGUGCUCUUGCCCAGUCCAGCAAGUGACCUACCUCAGUCCCAAACCUCUGGUGAAGAGCCCUCCACGGUGACAACCGAAGAACUGACACAACACAAGAACUAUCUGAAGGUCAUCAAGCGGCAGGAGAAAGAGCUGAAAGAAGCUGAAAAGAAGUAUCAGAAAAAAACAGAAGAUCUCAUCCAGAAGCACUCUGACAGCUUCAAGGCUAUUAAGAAGAAGGCCUCGCUGAAGAAAAAAGAGGGAGGAGACAACACUGCUGACAACAGUGUGCAAAAAGAGCGGGUGCAGGAGCAGAAGGACAAAAUGCAGAAGGAGCUGCAGGCUCUGUGGUCAGAACAGAGUGAGCAGCUGAAGAAGAAGAAAGAGCAGUGUGCGACAGAGAGACUUGCCAAACUGUUGGAAAUGGCCAUGGAGAGACACACCAUCGAACUGAAGACCCUGGAGAGUGAAACUAAAGAAAAGAGGAAAGCACUCCUCAAAUGUUCCRUCUCAGAGAAGUCAAAGCUGAAAAGGGCGAUGAGCACCGAGGUUCUGGAUGAGACAAGUCAGUCCGACAGUGCUUCUGACUACAGUCCACAACAAGAGGCUCUGAUGAAGAAACAAGCUGCCACUCUGGAGGACAUCAAGGUCCUAACUAAUCAGCUCAAUCAAGAGGCUCUGACCGAGCACGCUCAGAAGCGCCGGACCCUGCCGGCGGAGGUGAAGGAAGCGGUGAACGUCUGCGUGGGGUCGCACUUCCCCGAGUACGUGGAUGAGUCCGGGGACAAAAAGGCCGGGGGUCAGUGCUUCUACGGAGACGUCUUUCUGGGUUAGAGCUGCGUAACCAUCGCUAAUCUCUGCAUUUAAUUCAGCCUUCAUGUUUUGUUAAUCGAGUUGUUGCUUGAGCUGCUUAUAUAACCCAAACUCUGAACAUUAUUAUGAAAGUAGAAGAAGGUUCAUUUAGUGAAUUUUAAAAUGUUUUAUUCAUAGCGUGAGUGUCCUUUAGAGGCCGUGAUGUUCCAUUGAAUACGCUGAUCCAACAUGUAAUCGUUUAGAAAUAGAUUUUUUUUAAACGAAGUUUUAUUUUUGCUUCAUCUCACCCAAAAUUAGAGCAGCCAGUGACAAAUGGCAUCUAAAUUUUCCACUGAAGGUCUUUGCAAUUUCUUUUAUAAUGUUAAAUAUUAGGAAGAAAUGCAGCAAGAAAAGUUAUUUUUUUCACAAUCUGCAGUGAGUGAGAGUGCCUCCAUUUGUCACACUUCAGUACGACUCAUGAUGCUGUGAGGCCAGAGCAGACCCUGACUGAACCACACAGAAUCAAGAAUCAAAAGCUGAAUUUAUUCUUUGAUGUGAAUCAGAAACAUUCAGAGACAAACACUUGAACAUGCAGGCUUAACGCGUAAGGCCUAACGUUUAGAUUUAAACCAUUAAAUCCAAGAACAUCGAGGUCAGUUAUGGAGUUGGAGCAAACUAUUUUUAGACUUUUAUGGUAAUCUAAAUCCGAGUUCAUCAACCGUCAUGAAUAUYGUUGCAAGGCUUGUGGGUUUUUUAAAAACAGCUUCGUGUAAAAAAUUUAAAUGAAUGCAAAAAUAUUCCCAGUUUAUUUUAGGAGGGAAAAUGUUCUCAUUAGAGGGAAUAAUUGGGUUGCAGAGAUCCGGCGCACGAGGAGGUCUGACUGCCUCGGUUUCAGGACCAGAAGCAUUUCAACUUUGUUUUUCCUUCUCAUAUGUAACUUUAUAGCUUCAUGUUUGGAAAUUCCCAAACUUAACUUUACUUUACUUUACUGAAGGGUUAAGAAAACGUUAUGGAUUGCCUUUGCACAGCUCUGUAAGUUCUGCUUUAUAGUCAUUUUGAAAUGCAUAAUCCCAUCAUUAUGGAAGCAACUUUUGCACAAAUAAAAUGAUUUUUCUUGCRUUUAUUUCCCCACUAACCGAGUGAUGGAGCCGAGUAUUUAUUUAGCAAUAAUAUUUGUCAAUUUUACUUAAGAAAAUGCCAAUUAAUAAACCAACAUUUAAAACUGCA